AUGGCCGACACAGAGGCCACAGGCACCGUGGCUCGCAGCCUGUCCAAAGAUGAGGGCAGGUUGCGAGAAUUGGGAUACAAGCAGGAACUCAAGCGGGAUUGGACCCUCAUGCACAAUUUUGGAGUGUCUUUCAGCAUUAUCUCUGUCAUUACUGGUAUCACCACGCUCUUCGAGUAUGGUUUGACCACGGGAGGUCCAGCUGUCAUGUCGUCAGGCUGGCUUGUUGUCAGCUUCUUCACCGCGUUCGUCGGUCUCGGAAUGGCAGAGAUUGUCAGUGCUAUACCGUCUGCUGGUGGUCCAUACUUCUGGGCUGCAAUCCUGGCACCGAAGAAAUGGGCACCCUUUGCCUCUUGGGUGACAGGCUGGUUCAAUCUAUUGGGACAGGUCGCAGUGACAACGGGUAUCACAUUUGGUUGUGCCGGACUCAUCUCGACCCUUGCAACGGUCAAUGGAUACGAAGCAUCCGCCGGGAAGACAUUGGGCAUAUACGCCGCUCUGCUCUGCUCCCAUGGCCUGGUCAACUCCUUCGGCGUACAUAUCCUGCGCUAUCUCAACAACGCUUCAAUCGUCCUACAUUCGCUCGGCGUAUUCUCCUUCGCAGUUGCUGUUGUAGCCAAAGCUCCACAUCACCAAUCAGCCCAUUUCGUCUUCGCAAAGUUCUACGAUGGAACUGGUGAUCCAGGUUGGUCAGUGAGGGCUUCGCCAGAAUAUGUUGCUUGUAUCGGCAUCUUGAUGUCACAAUAUACCAUCACUGGCUUCGAUGCAAGUGCUCACCUCUCGGAAGAAACACAAAAUGCGUCUUGGUCAGCCCCAUGGGGUGUUCUGAUGAGUAUUGGCUGCUCUGCAGUUUUCGGGUGGUUUCUCCUCCUCUGUCUCCUCUUCAGUAUCCAGGACUUCGAUCAUACGGUGGAUUCGGACUAUGGUCAACCGGUGCUGCAGAUUCUAGUGGACAUUUUCGGCAAAAAUGGCGCUAUUGUCCUCUUUACUCUCGUCAUUGUCUGCGUCUGGCAUUGUGGCUUGUUCAGCCUGACGUCGAAUUCGCGCAUGAUGUUCAGUUUCGCUCGAGACGGUGGAAUCCCACAUUUCUUCCACAAUGUCGAUGCCCGCUUCAAGAGUCCCAUCCGCACGAUUUGGCUCGCUGCCUUCCUUGCAUUUCUCCUCGCCAUUCCGAGCGUCGGGUCCUCGGUGGCAUUUGCGGCUGCCACGUCGAUUGCGACCAUUGGUCUCUACAUUUCCUACGGCCUUCCAAUUUUGAUCGGCAUGGUCAACCCUCAAGGCUUUAUCCACGGUCCUUUCAACCUGAGAUGGUUCUCGCGUCCAGUCGCCUUGAUUGCUUGCGGAUGGAUCGCCUUCAUCACCAUCAUCUUCUGUCUUCCAGAACUGAACCCUGUGGAUAGUCAGACUCUGAACUAUACGCCUGUGGCAGUUGGUAUUAUCGGUUUCUGGUGCCUUGCCAGUUGGUUCCUUUGGGCGCACAAAUGGUUCAAAGGUCCCAUUCGCCAGAUCGAGGCAGAAGUCUCCGGCAUUAAUGUUGAUGAUCCUGCUGCAAUGGCGGAGGCCGAGCGAGAAGGCAGGAUCCCUGAGAUCGAAGCGUUGGAAAGCAACAAGGAGGCGAGUAUGCUCGCCGCGAUGAAGCAUAACUACAAUUGA